GUUUUAUCAAAGAAAUGGAUGUUUUGUCGAAUGAAAAGUAUCUCAUAGCACGCGCCAAGGAAUCCACUGAUCCGUACAAAGCGAAGGCGUGGAUAAUUGCUGCAAAAACACUCUUCCCGAACGAUUUCGGGGUGCAGUUUGAGGCGUACGAGAUAGAAAAGAACGCAAACAAUUUCGAGGAAGCAGCAAAAUGUUUGAGCUACAUCGUGAUGACCUUUCACGGGGCGCACCAAACGCCUACAAGCCUGCUGAACGAAAUAUCCCUGAUGACGAACGCACUCCGUAUUCCGGAGGGUUCCACCACACCGGAGCAGGAGUUUUAUGUCAAAAUGUUCCAGUACAUAUCCUAUGAGGUGCAGCAUCAGAUACUGUUGUUGACGGCGGCACACUCGAACAACAAUCUCGACCAUUGCCGGUUGAUUUUCCUGCUAUUGAAGCGUUUUCCCCAGGCCAUUUCUACUCAUGCGCCACGGUUAUUGGAAACGUUGAUUCAAAAUGUUGGCAUUCCAAGCUUCAAGGAGAUGCUAUUCAACGAAGCUAUACCGCUGGUGUACAAUCGAGUGCCGGAGCUCGCCCCCAAGCUUGUCCACCGGUUGAUGGCCGUUUGCUUCGAGUACUAUCUUAACCAGAUGUUGAACGAAAUGGACGACAAGGCACGGACGGUGCCGGAGUGCUGGAGGAAGAUAUUUGAAAUCUUGGACUUUUGUGGCAAGAUUCUCAAAUGGGAGCCGUUCCUGUUGUACAAAAAAAGCUGGAGCAAGGAUGUUUACUGGCAGAAAAUCAUUCACAUCUACAAUCUCGACCCGUUCCGGUCGACGGAGAGCAAGCAGAUACUGUUCUGCUCGACGAUCGUGUUCGUGCUGUCGCUGCAGGAGUACAUAGCGCACUCGAAGCUUCGCUCGAAGGACGGCACCAACGAAACCGAGGUGAUUCUCGUGGAAACAUUAAAGGAUCUGGUGUCGGAUUUAUCACACCGACCGCGUGAUAAUGUGCUCGAGAUUCCGCACAUCCUCGUUAACCCACCGGUCAAUGCGGACGCACCGAACUGUCUGAUUGCAUGCCAUAGCUGUUGGCAACUGUUGCACGCAAAUGACGUAAUACAGACCGACUUUGCGCAGCUUCUUCUCUGCAUACCGCAGCUUUCAAGCUGGGUUCAGAAGUUCCUCAACGAUCUGUAUGUGUUGCUUGAGAAGCAUGAGGAGGCGGCCACCCUGCUACAAGCAUCCAACCUGGCCACGAUGUCGCCACUGGAAAAGUCCGUACGACAGUUUGCUCUGACCCUCGCCAAAGGACCCAUCACAGGCCUGCUGUUCGAGCAGAUUGGGACAGUCCUUAAGCACUUGGCGCAUGCGCCGAACGGUGGAUCCUAUCUUGAGAAUGUCUCCCAAGCGCCAACCACCCGCGUCCUCAUGCUGAUACCACUUUCGAAACGGGCCAUCCUACACUAUCUCGUGCAGACGCUGAUUGCAGUGCUAAAGCCGAAACUGAUCGAGCAAGAGUGCGGUAAUAGUGUUUUGGGUAACUUGCUGGUUCUGUCGCAGCUCAACUGGCCGCACGAAUCAUCAACGGUGGAAAUUAUUUUCGAGAUCAUCAAAAGCCGUCGGCAGUUUUCGUAUCUGCUCUUUACCAACUACAUCAUCAACGGGGAGAUAAUUGAGGAGUUUAUGCACCUGUGGAUACAUGCCACCGAUGUAAAGCUCGAACUGGCCAUGCCUCAGCAGAGCCUAGCGACCGGUGCCCGGCGCAUUGGAACCCGUGGUGCAGACAAGGGCGUGAAGGAGGACUUUAAGCAGAUCAUUCGGCAGCAGAUAGCGCGCAGUAACGAUGACGUGGACGAGCUGAUACUGCAGUUCCUCCAGCAGCAGCAAUUAACACUGAUGCAAAAUGUAUUCGACACGUGAGGCAAGUGGAAAAUCAAUGCCGUGAAAAUUUGUCAUAAAUAGAAACAUCCCAAACAAUUAAAUUAAGCAGUAGUUUGACUUCGGAUGGAAUGAAAGUUGAACCAUCAAGGUAAUUUUAUAACGUUUCGUUUA